AUGGGAUUUUAUCGAUAUUCGGAGAUGACCCAUAUUCCUCAUGGAAUGUCAGGUACUCCAUUCCUACAAUGUACUUCUCAUAAUCAUCAUGCUCUUUACUCGAACAGUAUUGUUUUAAAAGAGGGUCCAACCAGUGCACUUCGAGGAGAAGCAUAUUUUUAUCAGCAGCUUCAAGAGAAUUCCCAGAUGGCAUCAAUUAAAAGCUAUUUCCCCGCAUUUUAUGGUAUUGAGCAGAAAGGAGAAGAUAUUAGCGCAAUGAAGUUACAAUAUGUGAAGGGUGUACCAAUGAGCUUGAUUUAUUUUCAUAGCGUAGUUUCUACCGAUUUAUUUUAUCGUAUUCUAACCUCGGCUAAUGCUCUCCAUAACGUCAAUCUACCAUUAUGUCAAAACCUUGAUUGCCACAUUCGCGCGAAUUAUAUUGACAAGAUGGUUGACCGUUACACGAACCACCCUCAGCACUAUUCAUUUGUGCCUAAGAAUGAACGUGAUAUGGUGUUUACGAAUCUUCUAACGAAAUUAGAGGAAUAUCUUAGUUCAGACCGACUUAAACGAAGCUCAUGUAUCCACGGUGAUUUCUGGUUUGCGAAUAUUCUUGCAGAGAGUGAUAAACACGUAAAAUUCAUUGAUAUGAAAGGAUCUUUGUGGAAACGUUUCACUACUUGUGGAGAUCCAAUUUACGAUUGGGCAAAGUUGUAUCAAAGCAUUGUUGGAUUUAAUAAUGGGGUAGUAUUUCAUAAAAGAGAUCACAAUAAUCUGUCUCGAGAGCAACUGACGAAUCAACUGAAAUCUUUUGUAGAGGAAAGAGGUUAUAAUUGGUCCGAUGUUCGUUUGAUCAGCGCCGUACUCAUGUUCGGUGUAUUUUGGACGGUUGGUUCCUUACUUGAUGAUAAUUUAAAAAUUGCAUUAUGGAAAACUAUUUGUUUAAAAGCUGAUAUUUCGACAAAGCUAUAG